AUAGAACAUCAUUUAAACAGACGUAAACAAACAGCAAUCAAACGGCAUAACAAAGCAUGAUAGCUGCGACAAAUCAACGGUUCUGGAAAGAUUUUGCAGUUUUUUCGGUGAAAUUUUGCAUUUUCUCAGAGUUUUAUUAAUGUAGAAAGUUUACCAGCCGAAAAGCGUUAAAUAUGAGUGCCGCGAACCAAACCAUCAUUGCCGACAUCCAGUCACUAACCGGGGACGAGCUGGCCGAACAGUACCGCCGUUUGGCCGAUGCCUACCGAACGUUGAAGCGAGCGCACGAAGACGAGCUGCAGGCCAGCUAUGAAUUGCGACGGAACUACCAGACGGCGUCCGAAUCGGUGACGUACAUGAGCGCCGAACUGGAAUCGAUCGAUUCCGUCCACAAGGAGGAGCUGGCCAAAUUGAAGGAGAAAUACGUACUGACGCUGACCGGCCUGAAGGACUCCAAUGCCGAUCUCAAACAGUACAACUCCACCCUGGAAGCCACAGUGGAUGAUCUGCAGAAACAAACGUCGGCACUAAAGGAAAAAAUCGAAGAGUUGGAGGCGGGUUCCGCAAACUCCGAGUCUGUGACGGGAAACUCAACAUUGAAUUCGGAAAAGGAAGCUUUCUUGGAGAGGGAAAAUGAGGAACUCAAGCAAGCCAUAGCUGAACAGCAGGAGAAAAUUGAUACGUUGAUGUUGCAACUGGUCAACUCCGAAAGCACAGUGGAAAAUCUCAAGGAAAAGAUUGAGUGUGUUGAAGACAAUCUGAGUUCGAAACGGCAAGAGCUGGAGGAGAUUAGAACACUGUUGGAUUCGACACAGGAAGAAAACAUGCGAUUGAAUGGGGAAAUUGCUGCGCUGAGGAGUGCACCUCAAGAUGCGAACAAGAAAGGCAACUCGCUGUUUGCCGAAGUAGACGAUCAGCGACAGAAGAUGAUCGAAAUGCUGCAAAGCCAGCGGAAGCGAUAUACCGAGAUGAAGAAACUGUACAGUGAAAGCCAGUUCCAGAUCAGGAGGUUGACUCGGGAAAACGAGGAACUGUGCAACGAAAUCAAGGCAUGCAGUGAGCUGUUCGCCAAAGCGGACAACACCUUUCGUGACGAGAGCAGUCGACAGAUCAGUUCCCUGGGGAAGGAUGUCCAACAAUUGCGGGAACAGCUGGCAGCGACCGAGAGGCGUCUGUUGGAGAAGGCCAACGACAUUAAUUGGGUGGAUCCUUUUGUUUCGUUCUAUCGAAAUGAGAGUGGCAAUUUGAAGACUGCGCUGUUCCAAUCUCAGAUGGCCAAACGAUUGGUAGACGAGAUCUGCUGGGAAGCUCAACGAGAUUUGGCCAAGUGGCGCUUUGAAGCCCUCAAGUCGCGUUACAUCAUAAUCAAUCGCGAGUCUCUUCUAGAGGAACACGGAAUCGCUUUUGAAACUCUGGACGCUUUUCAACUGGGAAUUCACAUUGAUGAAGCAACUGUGGCCAAAGCCACACCCCAUGUGGGCUUCACUCCAGCAGUUGUGAAGUCCACUCAGGAAGCAUGCCCUGACCUCAAUCCCCUGGGUGAUCUAGAGAAUGAUUUGAAUUCUCUCGCCCUAGAUGAGUUGCAUCACCCUUCUCCUUUGAUACUACCACCUCCGCCGCCACCAAUGCCUCUGUCGAAGCCCCCUACGAAACAACUGCCGGAAAAGGUCGAAACAAUCACACCGCUUGCUACGCCUCUGGUAACACCGAUCCAGUCCCCCAAGUCCGACCAGAAAAGCUCCAAACCCCUAACAAAUCCCCUCCCCUACCGAGACAUUGUGUUCAUCCCGAAAAACGCCCCCCUGACCGACAGCCUAAAGAAGAAAAAUUUCGCCGAAAUGCUCGAGAAGACACAAGCGGAGGAUUCUGCCUCGAAAUCGUCGGCAUUCAGCGCCGUAAAGAUCGCAGAUGACGAAGAGAAAGAAAAUUUGGGACGACGGCAACAGGAGCAAGACUCAGCGCAAUCCAAAGCCUGGGGCUGGAUAUCGGAGAAACGAACCAAGAACAACAUCGUGGUGAGGAGGUUCAAGUUUCCCGAACGAAAGUUCCCCGUCGAGGGGCAGAAGGAAGCAUGAAUAUAGGUAUUAGUGAUUGAGAGUGUGUUCACGUACUGGACAUUUUGAAUGUGGUUUUCAGAGUUAUUUUGGUUGAAUAUAGACUUGUAUUUUGGCUAUAGCAUA